AUUUGUGGGUGUGGCUGAGAAUGUUUGGAGUUUUCUCUUCAGUAUUUGGAAAAGAUUGUUCAGAAAUUGAAAGAGAUCCAAGAGCAGAUCCAUUUGAUAAGGAAAUAUGUAGAACAAUGAGACAAUUUGAAGAAUCUUUUGAAGAAAUGACUGACUUCUUUGAAAGAGAAGACUCUAAUGAUGAGCAAUGUUAUGAUGAAAGUCCUGAGUUACUGAGAGGAAAUAUACUCAAUAAAGAUGACUUUCAUUGUAAAUCACAAUUCAAGGAUAAAAAUCUUGAUGAUAUCGUUGAAGCUGAUCCUAAAGCUCUUGAUGACAUUUUAAACUCAAGAGGUGAUAAAAGGAACAACACUUCUGGUAGAGUCCACUCACAAAGCAUUAGAAUAUCAACUACAGUGAGACCUGAUGGGACUGUAGAAUAUAAAAGAACUGUCACUGAUUCUGACGGAAAUGAACAGACCACCACUUCAAGCACAAAGAGACAAUGACUGAUGUUAACUGAUGAUAUCUGUAUAAUAAUGGGAUCAACUUAUUACCAAAUUAUAACAAUAAUUAACAAUCAAUCUUACUGUAUCAAUAACAACAACAACAACAAUAAUAAUAAUAAUAAUAAUAAUAAUAAUAAUAAUAAUGUGAAGGAGGGAAAGAGAGACAGUGCUUACUAAAAUAAUUAGAUAUUAAGAAUUAUGAUACAAAAAAGAAUAGAAAUUGUUUCAACUCAAA